AUGAUCCGCCGCACCAGCACCCACUCCUCCACCCACUCCUCCGCUCCCCCAACCAGGCGCACCAGUUAUGCCACUUCCACAACCUCCCGACACCCACCGGUGGGACUAAAUCGCCGACUCUCCGCCCUCAGCACUGCCGAGGCUGGCAAUCAUGAAGACCCAGAAACAACAGCCGCAGACGAGACGGUAGCAGAGGAACUAGCCGAGAUCAAACGCUACGAGGACUUCACCACCAUCGACUGGGUGCAGGAUGCUGCGCGGGAGAACCAACGCCGGAAAGCUCGACGAGUAGAGCGAGCAGGCUUCUUUGAGCGCGAAGGUCGUCUAGGCUGGAGGAGGAAAGUAUGGGAAGCUUACGAAGCAGGACAGGGCUGGAUCGUGGUAACACUGAUCGGUAUAGCCAUAGGCCUGAAUGCUGCCUUCCUGAACAUCGUCACAGAAUGGUUAUCCGACAUCAAACUAGGCUACUGCACCACAGCAUUCUACCUCAACGAAUCCUUCUGCUGCUGGGGAGCCGAAAAUGGAUGUCCAGAAUGGCACCACUGGAGUACCUUCACACCACUCAAUUACCUCCUGUACAUCGCCUUCGCCAGUCUGCUAGCCUAUUGCUCUGCCCGCCUAGUCAAGUCAUACGCUCCCUACGCAGCUGGCUCAGGCAUAAGUGAGAUCAAAUGCAUUAUAGCUGGCUUCGUGAUGAAAGGCUUUCUGGGCUUCACAACCCUCCUGAUCAAAACCCUCGCCAUGCCUCUCGCCAUCGCAUCGGGUCUGAGUGUUGGAAAGGAGGGACCGAGCGUUCACUACGCUGUCUGCACGGGCAACGUAAUAAGUCGCUUCUUCGACAGAUACCGCCGCAACGCAGCUAAAACACGAGAAAUCCUCUCCGCUUGCGCCGCUGCGGGCGUAGCUGUCGCUUUCGGAAGUCCAAUAGGCGGCGUCCUGUUCAGCCUGGAAGAAAUGAGCAAUUACUUCCCACUCAAAACCAUGUGGCGAAGCUACUACUGCUGCCUCGUCGCCACCGCCGUGCUGGCAGCCAUGAAUCCCUUCCGAACAGGACAACUAGUAAUGUUCACCGUGAGAUACGACCGUAGCUGGCACUUCUUCGAACUUCCCUUUUACAUCCUCCUCGGAAUAUUCGGAGGCCUCUACGGCGCCUUCGUGAUGAAGUGGAAUCUUCGCGUGCAGGCUUUCCGCAAACGCUACUUGACACAAUACCCGAUUCUGGAAUCCGUCCUCCUAGCUUCGGCGACAGCAGUCCUCUGCUACCCCAACAUGUUCCUCCGUAUCGACAUGACCGAAAGCAUGGAAAUUCUCUUCCUCGAAUGCGAAGGCGGCCACGAUUACGACGCCCUCUGCGACGCUCAGAACCGUUGGAGUAUAGUCCUCUCCCUCCUCUUCGCCACCUGCUUACGGACGUUCCUCGUCAUCACCUCCUACGGCUGUAAAGUCCCCGCCGGCAUCUUCGUCCCUUCCAUGGCCAUCGGCGCCUUAUUCGGCAGGAUGAUAGGAAUUCUAGUUCAAGCACUCCACGAAGCAUUCCCCACCGCGGCGUUCUUCGCGGCCUGCGAGCCAGAUGUCCCGUGUAUUACACCCGGCACCUAUGCUUUCCUAGGCGCAGGAGCGGCGUUGAGCGGGAUCAUGCAUAUUACCGUCAGCGUAGUUGUCAUCAUGUUCGAGCUGACAGGAGCACUAACCUACAUCCUCCCUACUAUGAUCGUCGUAGGCGUCACGAAAGCGGUGGCAGACCGCUGCGGAAAAGGAGGGAUCGCAGAUCGCAUGAUCUGGUUCAAUGGUUUUCCCUUUCUCGACAGCAAGGAGGAGCACGUCUUUGGCGUCGCUGUAGCGAAGACCAUGACCGCCAACCCUGUCGCGCUUCCGGCAACAGGGUUCACAAUCCGUGACGUCGAGCGCGUACUUCGAGAAACGAAAUUCCAGGGGUUUCCCAUUGUAGAUUCCGCAGAAACACAGAUCUUACUGGGUUAUAUCGGCCGCACAGAACUGCGCUACGCACUCGACCGCGCGAAGAAAGAACAGCUCGUCCGCCCGAACGCGAUAUGCUUCUUCUCGCCACCCGAAGGUCCACGGACUGCCACCACGCCUUCCGCUGCUUUACCCGCGGUCAGUUUCGAUGACAUGAUCGAUACAGCCCGUGUAGAUUUCAGCCGGUUCGUGGAUCCCACACCCCUUGCAGUCCACCCUCGACUCCCGCUCGAGACGGUAAUGGAGUUGUUUAAGAAACUCGGACCACGGGUUAUUCUGGUUGAGCAUCGGGGACGGUUAACGGGGUUGGUGACGGUGAAGGAUUGUCUUAAAUUUCAACUUAGGGCUGAGGCGUUGGAGAAUCCGAGGGAUGAUUCUGGGUUGAGGGCUGGACAGGAUAGGGUUUGGGGCGUGAUUAGGGUGGUUGCGGGGUGGGUGGCGGAAAAAGUUAGGGGGAGCCAGAGAUACCGCCGGACUCGUUUUCCCAUACAAGGGUCAGGUGAACAAAUUCACCUUGGCAGCAUGGCCGACCCGUCAUACUCAAUCAUGACUUCCUCGCCACCUCGCGGCACGAAACGCAAAGCCGAGGAAAUGGUGGAACCACGCCGCAUCAGAGCGCUACACGAGGACGUGGUGAACAAGAUCGCUGCCGGCGAAAUCAUCGUCGCUCCCGUCCACGCUCUGAAAGAACUCAUCGAAAACGCUGUAGACGCCGGCUCGACGAGCCUCGAAAUUUUGGUCAAAGACGGCGGGCUGAAACUCCUCCAGAUCACUGACAAUGGCUGCGGGAUCAAGAAGGAUGAUAUGCCGAUUUUGUGCGAACGCUUCACGACCAGCAAGCUCAAGGCUUUCGAGGAUCUGACCAGUAUCGGCACAUAUGGUUUCCGUGGCGAGGCGCUGGCGAGUAUCAGUCAUAUCGCUCACUUGACUGUUACGACAAAGACGGCAGAGUCGAGUUGUGCGUGGAAAGCGCAGUAUUCUGGUGGCAAGCUUGCGCCGCUCAAGCCUGGACAGAGCGCUGAGCCGAAGGCCUGUGCUGGUCGACAGGGGACGCAAAUUUCUGUCGAAGACUUGUUCUACAACGUUCCCACUCGUCGACGAGCUUUCAGAUCUGCAAGCGAAGAAUAUGCCAAGAUUGCGGAUCAGGUGGGGAGGUAUGCGGUGCAUUGCAAGGGCGUCGCAUUCUCGUGCAAGAAGUUUGGAGAGGCUGGGGCAGGUGUUGCGGUGCCUGCUAAUGCGACGGUGCGGGAUCGGAUUAGGAUGGUGCACAAUAGUGCUAUCGCGAAUGAGCUGAUCGAGCUUGAAGUAUCGAGUCAGAUGUUUGGAUUCAAGGCAGACGGGCUGGUCAGUAAUGCCAACUACAACGGCAAGAAGACGAGUCUACUGCUCUUCAUCAAUCAUCGCUCGGUGGAGUCUUCGGCCAUCAAGAAAGCUGUCGAGCAGACGUAUGCGAUGUUCUUACCGAAAGGUGGGAAGCCCUUCGUCUACCUCAGUCUUGAGAUUGAUCCAGCCCGGGUGGACGUCAAUGUGCAUCCCACGAAGCGCGAGGUCAAUUUCUUGAACGAGGAUGAGAUUAUUGAGUUGGUUUGUGAUGAGGUGAGGGAACGACUCGGUAAGGUCGAUACCAGUCGGACGUUCAUGACCCAGAGUCUGCUGGGAGGCGGCAAGACACCAACGAUAUCGAAAGCGAACACCAUACCAGAGGAUAGCGAUGCUCAGCCAGUGUCGACAACAAAUCGACCAGGCUCGACGAAGGCAGGCACGCAGAAGCCAUACGAAAACAAUCUCGUCCGCACGGACGCAAGAAGUCGCAAGAUCACAGCAAUGCUACCCCAGGCCCAGAACCCAUCAGCACCAUCACGCGAAUCGACUUCUGACGGCAUAGAAUACAUCUACACAGACAAAGAGCCAACGACGUGUCGUCUCACCACCAUCAAAGAACUGCGAGCCUCGGUUCGUGAAGACAUGCACAAUGACCUGAACGACGUCUACGCCAACCAUACCUUCGUAGGCAUAGUCGAUGAUCGCAAGCGUAUUGCAGCAAUCCAAGGCGGCGUCCGCCUUUUCCUGGUCGAUUACGGUCUAGUAUGCGCCGAGUACUUCUACCAACUAGGCCUGACGGAUUUCGGCAACUUUGGCACUUUGCGUUUUGCGGACCCGCUUCCGUUGCGCGAACUGCUCGAGAUCGGAGUUGCGCAAACCAGGGCUCUCGAGGAUGAUGGCAGUGGCGAAUUUGACUGGGAUGAAGUUGUGCCUGCUGUUGAGCAGCAGCUCAUGUCGAGACGUGCAAUGCUGGCGGAAUACUUUGCGCUAGAGAUCUCCGAGGAGGGCGAGCUGCUCAGUCUUCCGUUGCUUACGAAGGGCUAUACGCCGUCACUGGGUAAACUGCCGAAUUUCUUGCUGCGGCUAGGGCCUCAUGUGGAGUGGAAUGACGAGAAGGCUUGCUUUCAAAGCUUUCUACGAGAGUUGGCGAGUUUCUAUGCGCCUGAAGUACUACCUGGCGCAGUGGAGGGAGAUGAUGACGACGUGGCAAGCCGACGCAUUACAUUGAACAGAGCGGUGGAGAACGUGUUGUUUCCGGCCUUCAAGUCGAGGCUGGUGGCUACGAGGGCGCUCCUGAAGGGCACGAUUGAAGUGGCGAAUCUGAAGGGGUUGUACAGGGUGUUUGAAAGGUGUUGA